AUGUACAUUAGAAAUAAAACUAAAUAUGGUAGUCCUGUAGUUCACGUGCUUGUUAGGAAGCGUGCCGGAGGCUUUAACGGCGGGUGGCGGGAGCAAGGCGGCGGGCGUCCGGGGGGGCGGCGCGGGCGGUGGGCGGGCCGGGCGGUGACGUCAGCGAAGGGGGGCAGAGUGCCGCGCGAUUGGUGGAGAUGCGCGCGCCGCUACCGAAUAUGGGACCGCGGCUCCAUUGAUAAAACUGCGGCGCGGGGUCGCGCGGCGCCAGUCCCCUUCGUACAGGCCGCGCGAGAGGCCGUUUUCACGCUGGCGUUGUUUGUGAUACCGAUCGGCCCUUGGGCCGAGGAGCAGGUCGUGCCGGACGGGAUGGGCACGGACGCGGAGCCCCCGACCGGCCCGCACCUGCUCUCGCUCGCCGACGUCGGCACGCUAGGGUUUGACUGCUCUCUCAAGCCGGUGGCACCCGCGCUCACAUCAGGUGGCACACCGACUGACCUCAACACUCCCGUCACCACAUCGGACUUACCCGCCUUCUUCCCGAGUCUGCUGGAACCUCCUCCUAUAUCAGGUACGCUACCUGGCGAUGAACUAUCACUAGGAUGCUCGCCACGGCGGCACAAACACGAAGCGUCUCUGUCACCUGGCGCGCGAGCCGAGGAUGCGAGUAAUGCAUCAAGCGCAAGCGCAUCGCUUUACGGCCCCGUGGGCAACAAGCGUGCCCCUUCACCACCACUGCAAUGGCUACUACCACCCGGACCCGGUCCCGGUGCCAUGGACAAAUAUUUCCAACAGGAAUACGAAGAGCGCGUUGAUUUGCUACCGCCCGAAUGCCAACCGUCGUACUGUACACAGCCGCAAUCGUGUCCGCCGCCGCAACACUGCGAGUACCGCCCGCCACCACAACCCCAACCCCAACACUCGUGGGAUACACAAGAGUAUGCUCCACCUCCCCAGCCCACGCCUGGGCCCUCAGGGUUACCCAAGCGGGAACCGUAUCCGAGUCCGGCCAGCGAUCGUCCCGUUCAACUUGCCGAGUACAACCCCUCCACGAGCAAAGGCCACGAGAUCCUCUCACAGGUCUACCAGCAGAGUACACAACCCCUAAGGCUAGUGGCGGUCAAACCGCGUAAAUAUCCUAAUCGGCCAAGCAAGACGCCAGUGCACGAGCGCCCAUAUGCAUGCCCGGUGGAUAGCUGCGAUCGCCGUUUCUCACGAUCGGACGAAUUAACGCGGCACAUUCGUAUCCACACGGGUCAGAAACCUUUUCAGUGCCGUAUAUGCAUGCGAUCAUUUAGCAGAUCAGACCACCUCACGACGCAUGUGCGAACACACACAGGCGAGAAACCGUUCGCUUGCGAUAUCUGUGGCCGCAAAUUUGCUCGUUCAGACGAAAAGAAGCGACACGCGAAAGUGCACCUGAAACAGCGGCUGAAACGCGAGCGAGGCGGCGGUGGCAGCACGCACCACCACGAGCCGCAUGGUCUCUAGCGAUCGCCAGUGCGCACGCCUGCGCUCUCCCCCGGGUCCUCGCCCGCGCCUGCGCCCGCGUCCGCACAUUCCAGCCGCGACGCGUCCACGUUAUCCGCAUCAUUCGUGGCGCCCGCGACACCCGCGAAUCCCGCUACGCCUGACGCGGAUCAUUGAACUUUUAUAUUUUCACGUUGAAGUUAUUAAAUAAUUUCAUCGCUUAGGUGUAAAAGAUUGUCUUUAACGAAGCUUUAUUAACUCUACAUUUUGUAAAUUCACUGAAAUUUAUAUAAUAUAUAUAUAUCUUUUUAUACAUAUUUGUAAUUACCAUAAAUAGGAGGCGAGUUCGAUGUAUUUAUUUAGAUAGGUAGGCUAAUUGAAUGAACUUGACUGGGAACAAACGUAAAUACGAAGCGAUAUGGCCUAAUGUGACCAAUGUGCGCGUCUAUGUACGUUUCACUGAGAUUCUGGCAGCGCCCGCGCGCCGUCCUUGUUAUCCUGACGCAGUGUGAACACAUAUCUUUCUAUCUGAAGGUAGACCUUGUAGCUUAAAUAUCUCUCGUUAACGAUCAUUCAUACGUUCGAUUUUGAUGUUAUUGUAUGAAAAAUGAUCGUAAAGAAGUGAGAGCGUGAGCCUUUUGGCAGGUACGAACGCGGGUAAACAUUUGCUACAAACGCCUGCAUGGAUCCGAUGAGUUCCUGUAUUGUGGUGAUGAUGAUAAGUGUAAUGGCAAAUGUUUCUCUGCGAUACGUAUCUACUUUACUAUUGUAGGUAUAUUCAAAUUCUUAUACUUUACAAAACUAACGUGAAACUGUGCCAUUAAUUUAACUUUACAACGUGCCACUGCAAUUUUAUUUAUAUAUCUAGUGUAACAUGACUGCUAAAUAAGUAAUAACUUUAACAAUAUUUUUUUAUUAUUUCUAGUCGAAGAUGUAUUAUAUUGAACGCAAAUUGUCGACUAUGUUUUUUUUUACUUGAAAUAUUUUAUUAUUUCAUUAACUAAUCAUCAACUAUUUUGGACAGAUGCUGUCUCGAUCUUCUCUUGCUCAAAGAUUUUUUUAUUUAACAAAAUUUGCUCAAACCUGCUUAUUUUGUAUACUCGCUGAUGACAUAACAGCGUCUAUUUGCUUACCCUACUCUUGCCUAUCUCUAUAAACUUUGCGAUAUCGCACUUGUUACUUUGUUACUUCAUUAUUAUGUUUCCCAGUGGCAUAUAUUUUUAUAAUGUGCGUAUUAUAGACUAAUCUAGUAAAGUAUGAUGGUAAAUUAUGAUCUCUUAAUCAUUAUUAAUUACUUUCAAGUACCUAUAAAGAGGGCCCCUAAUUUAUAAUACUCAUAAGUUUUUGUAUAGGCAUAAUUAUUCUUAUAAGAUUUAUUUCUAAAAUACUAGAUUUCUGUUACUGUGAUCAUACCAAGAUGCAAAUUUUGCUUUAUAAUGUUUACUGGUACGAUAAUGUUAUUUGUGGGCCUCUUUCACGAUCGCUAGUCGGUUGGCGCAGCGUUCUAAUUUUCAAAUACAUUAGUAAUUGUUGUUGGGAUUGAUUGGGUUUAAUACAACAAAGUACAACAAAUACUAAAUGAAAAAUGCUUAAAAAAUCUUCAUUAAGAACAUUUUUCAGUAUAGCAUUGUAAAUGUAAAAUUUACCAAAUAUAAUAACAAAGUAGUAAUAACGUCAAACAACGAAUGCACAAGUGAAAGAAGCUCUACUGUGCCAGUAAUAUUAUAUAAUUAAGUAAUAGGUAUUCACGCCGAGUAACUAUUCAUACUAAUAUAAUGUUAAUCAGUUAAUUUCUCUGCAGGAGUACAAAAAUCAGCACAAAAUAAGUUUCAUAUUUCAAUAAUUAUAUUAGGGAAUGUUUUUACAAAAAAAAAUAAUGCCUUCGAAUUAUGAUAUAUGUACCUACUGUUGUACUUUAGUAUGUGUGGAGAAUCACUUUGUUACUCAUUGUUUACUGUAGAAUAAGUAAUUGACUAUCUUCAAAUAAGAAAACUUAGUGCAAUUGAAACAAAAUUAUAUAAAUUAUUUUUAUGUCACCGAACGAAAACAGUAAUAUAUAUAUAAACAACAGGGUGGGCCUUUCUAAUGUCGGUUGUUAUGAAUUUAGAAUAUCUGACAAUAAUAUUACUAAUUCUUGCGCAUACAAUUCAAUAGGUAACAGGGAACGGUGCGAUCGAGCUCAUAUUACAAGAGUAUACAUAAAGUUAAGAUCACUUUACAUUAGAUAAAAAAAUUAAAUUUACAUUUUAUGUGGAAUAUGUUUGUAACUACGUGAACAAGAACACAAUAGCGAUAAAUAUCAAAGUAGUACGUUAUCAUAGAUAUAAAAAUUAAUCAAUGGAGCUGUCAUUUGUGUCUCUAUCAAUUGUAAAUAAUACUUUCCAGCAAUAAUGUACUGCCGUUGAUAUUUAACGCGUUUGUUCUUCAUUGCAACUUCAGCAUGCUCAGCAUCCGUUCCCAAAUGCUCAACCGCACAGCGCAGUCGAAUAACGCGUGCUACGCGCUACGCGUACAUAAAAAUAAUGGUCUACGAGUUUAUAAUAUUUUUACUGUUAUAGAAGAGACGAAGUCUCCGAUAGAAAAGGCUAGCUUAGAUAGAUUUUAAAUAAAGAAUAAUUGAAAUUAGUCAAACGAGUGACAAAUGUAACGGAAAAGACUAAAUUCUUACACACUUUACGUAAUGUUGCAACGCGUUAAAGUUAUUGAUAUACGGUGAAUGUUAGGUUACGAGGCACGAGGAGUCAGCUGCGAGGCUUGGCUUAGCAGGGGCGACUUUCGUUGUUAACAAAACACUGUUACUCUUCGACCCUGUACGGAUCAUGGUGACAUUUUGUCCUAGCACUAGUUUUUUUUUUUCAAAUUUUUAUGAACAAACUUUUUUAUAAGUAGUGUUCAUAUAAUACCUAAAAAUGGGUGCGAAAUCUUUACGAAUUUUGUGUAAGUAUGGUUAUUAAUUUAAGCUGUCUUUACGUAUUUCACCAGAGUGAAAGAUGUUGUUGAUGUUCUAAGAUAAAUUAGUCAUAAGUACAUAGGUAUUGUUAAAUCUCACUAAUUUUUACUAAAUUCUAUUUAAUAUAUUUGUAAAUACACUCUGACUAAUUUUGGAUUUAAUGUGUAUAUAAGAGAAAAGAAAUUUUUAUUUAAUAUGAAACCACCUAAGGUGCGAAAAUACAAAUUGUUGAAAACUUACACUUGUUGUUUAUAUUCAAAAUAAUUUUUAUUUUCCUCAAAUCCCUUCUUAUAAUCUUAAUCUAGUAUAAAAGCGCCAUAAAUCUACAGUGAUCGAUUACACAAUUUAAUAAAACGACUACAUU